AUGAAGAAAUUUACCAAUGCAGCAGUUGUUAUAAACUCAAAUGACAAAGGCCUCUGUAUGGUCAAUUUUGUGCAUGAUUUACAGGUGUAUAAUAACAUGGAAAAUAACAUCAUAUACGUCCGUGCUUGCUGUUGGGCUUCCUAUAAGAGGAAUGUUAAAUACAAGGUGAAAAUGGUUUGUAAACAAAGCGGGACCCCAAAGAUUCUAGCAGCAAAGUGUGAUAGGCAGUGUCCGGCUUCCAACAGUGGGUGUUGUUGUCAUGUUAUGGCGCUCAUAUGGAAACUUGAGGACAUGACGAGAAAGUCAGAGCUAAAAAAUAUCACUCCUGACAACAGAUGCUGCACAUCAAAACCGAGGGAAUGGGCAAAAGGGGGUAGACGAGAAGUAGAGUUCUCUCCAGUGAUGGCUUUAAAAAUAACAAAACCAAGACAUGCGUCUGACUUACCUGGUAGUAAGAAAAGGAGUAUUGGCUCUCAGUUUUACGACCCCAGACCAUUGAAAUCACAGAAGCUUGAUGCUGAUGGAAUUGUAAAGCUGAGGCAAGAUCUUCAGAAAAUAAAUGUUCGCAUACCCUUUGUUGCUAUGUUACCAGAGGAAAAGACAAUUCAAACAGUAAUGACUGUAGUUGGCACUGUUGCUAAAGGUUCAACAAUUCAUAAGCAACUUCAAGAUUAUUCCCAGCAGCCUCCAAAUUUGGUAGUACCCUACCUUAGUAGUUCCUCCCUUGCCGGUAAAGAAAAUGUGAAUCCUGUCUCAAAUGGGCAAGCACUGAAUUCAAAUUCAAGUUUGAAUCAUGAAAUCUCUGUUCCACCUUCCACUGUGCAAUGUGAAUCAGAAAUGGCACCCCUUAGCACUCCUUCUAAUGAUUAUGAUGAGCUACAGCUUCAGCAGAUAUCAGAUUGA